AUGUUCUGGUCCCUGCCUCUGCCGCUGCCUUUGAACACCUUGGUGGUGUUUUACUUGUCCCUCGCCACCUCUGUGAGCGCCGUCGGCGAGCAAACGAGUCUCGUCGAUGGAGCGUCCAGAAAAAGAGGGUAUUUCAAGGGUGACCUGAUCCCCGUCAGCUGCUUGAAUAGGACCAUUGAAACUGGUGAACAUAUCACCGAUGCCCAUGGCAAUCUGCAGUAUAUACCAUUUCCGACGUGUAACGAAACGAACGAGCCAUUAUCCUUCCUCUAUAACACCCCACAAACCCAGACAUGUACCAUCGAUGCGCUGCCCGACGAGCUGUAUCAUUUAUUCGAAUUCUUCGUCCACAGCGACGUUCCUCUGACGUGUCGCAUUCCAUCAUACCCCUUGUCUCAGGAUGGGCUUGAUAUCACUUCGUCACUGCCUGAAAUUGAUGGGACGGGCGCAGAUAAAACAUUGUGGACACCUUUUACAAUUGCCCUGCAAGGCACUCUGCAGUUGUCUCACCUUCACCUCCACACGAACAUCAAUGUGCUUUUCCAUAUGUCACAAGACCCAGAGUCGUCGGCGACUGACAUUGGGUCGCAUUUGAUUGCCUCGGCGGCGUAUUCUCUGCCAAACACCUCAUAUUCGGCACCGAUGGAGGGUACCAAAAUCAUCCGCAACGAGCCUAUGGUCCUGACCUUUAAUGUUGGCUGGAUAGACGGCGCUGUUCUACCUGGGAUGGUUGGCCGGCCUGUUUUAGGAGUAAGAGACCACAGCAUUGGAUUUUCGUUGUUGAGUUUCUUUGCGCUGGCUGCCAGUGCUGGGGUUGGUGCAAUGGCCAUGUUGAUCUACGAAAGGCAAAAGAGUGGCAGGAGCGGAAUCUAUGGCAAUGGACUACUCGGCGGGAAUGUCGGGAACGGCACCGCGAGAGGCUCAGGAUAUGGAGGGUACGGCGGUUACGGCGGCGGGUUGGGUAAACGAGACUGA